AUGAAUAACGAUCAACGAAGGCUAGAGGUGAAUCAUCAGCCGGGUUCGAGUGGUCAUGGAUCUUCGAACUUUGGUUCAGGGAAUUUACAAUAUCAAGGGCCAAAUCAAGGACAAAAUCUUGCACCCGGGCAAUUUAAUCAAUCAAAUCAAAGUCAAUCGAGUCAACCAGGUCAACCAGGUCAACCAGGUCAACCAGCAACACCUAGAAUGUUAAGAAGUAUUAGUGGAAGUUUAAAAAGUUCUAGAAAUGACGUUAAUGAAAUGUCUUCCCCAACUCCUACUCAUUCAAGGAAUUCUUCUCAUCAUCAACCUUUUGAUACUAAUUUAACUCCUCAAACUCCUAUGCAUAGAAGAGUUCCUUCAACUAAUACUCCAAGACAAAUUAAUGUCCCUAAUAUGAAUCCUAAAGUCAUUAAUCAGCAUAUGGGAGCAUCUGGUAUGCAUGGAGUUCCAAGUCCUCACCCAUCACAAAAUCAUUUAGGAAAAGUACCACCAGUACAAAUUCCAAAUGUUAAUCAAGGUCAACCAAAUAAUGAAUUAUUACCUCCAGUAGCUAUAUCAACUAAUAUGGAUAAUAAUAGUACUUUGGAUUCCAAAAUAUCAAAGAAACCUUCUAAAAAUUUAAAACCAAAUCAAUCUCAACAACCUUUCCAUAGAAAAUCCAUUGGUGAUUGGGAUUUUAUUAAAACAAUUGGUGCUGGAUCAAUGGGGAAAGUUAAAUUAGCUCAACAUAAUUCAACAGGAGAAAUUUGUGCGGUUAAAAUUGUUCCAAGAGCUGCUAAAUCUUAUCAAAGAGAACAUGCUAAUGAUCCUCCACCUCAAAAUGAUCAAGAAGCUCAUCAAAGAGUAAAAGAUUUUGAAAAAGAAGUGGCAAGAGAUAAAAGAACUGUUAGAGAAGGAGCUUUAGGUAGAUUAUUAUUCCAUCCUUAUAUUUGUAGAUUAUAUGAAAUUGUCCCCAUGACCAAUCAUUAUUAUAUGUUAUUUGAAUAUGUUGAAGGAGGUCAAAUGUUGGAUUAUAUUGUUGCUCAUGGAUCUUUAAAAGAAAAACAUGCCAGGAAAUUUGCUCGUGGUAUUGCAUCGGCUUUAGAUUAUUGUCAUCGUAAUAAUGUUGUUCAUAGAGAUUUAAAGAUUGAAAACAUUAUGAUUAAUCAAAAGGGUGAUAUUAAAAUCAUUGAUUUUGGAUUAUCUAAUUUAUAUUCCCCUAAAUCAUUAUUGAAGACUUAUUGUGGUUCAUUAUAUUUUGCUGCUCCCGAAUUAUUAAGUGCUAAACCAUAUGUUGGACCUGAAGUUGAUGUUUGGUCAUUUGGGGUGGUUUUAUAUGUAUUGGUAUGUGGUAAAGUUCCAUUUGAUGAUCAAUCAGUAUCAGUGUUACAUGAAAAAAUCAAAAAAGCUAAUGUGGAAUAUCCUUCAUUUUUAUCAAAAGAAUGUGUUUCUUUAUUAUCAAGAAUGUUACAUGUUGAUCCAACCAAAAGAGCUACAUUAUUUGAAGUUAUGAAUCACCCUUGGAUAAAUAAAGGGUUUGAAUUUGCUAUUUCAACUCAUAUACCUAAAAGAGUACCUUUAACUUUACCUUUAGAUCCAGAAAUUUUGAAAACCAUUUCAACUUUUGAUUUGGGUAACAUUAACACGAUCACUGAAGAGUUAAAUAAUGUCGUAGGAAGUGUUGAAUAUCAAAUGAGUAGUGAAAAUUGGUAUAGAGUUAUUGAUAGUGGUAGAGAUUAUGGAGCUGCUUCAAAUGCUCAUAUUUUACCUGAUCCAACCGGUGGUUUCCAUCCAUUAGUAUCAAUUUAUUACUUAGUUGAUGAAAUGAAGAAACGUAAGAAAGCUAAAGAAGAAUUGGUUAAAGCUCAAGUUGAACAAGUUGAAAAGAAACAAGAAGAAAAGAGAUUAGAAGAAAAGAGAUUAGAAGAAAAGAGAUUGGAAGAAAAGAGAUUAGAAGAAAAUUCUAUGAUGGUUGAUCCAGUUCCAACUAUUCAAUUCCCUCAACAAGCUUAUCAUCAAUCCGAUGUUCCACCUAAAUCAAUGGAAUUAUCCCCUUCACCUGUUCCUCCUCAACAACAACCUGAAUCUCCUGAUACUUUAGAUCCUAAUAAAGUUGGUUCAAUAUUUAGAAGAUUAUCUAAAAAGGAAGAAUCUCCAAAGAAAGAUCCAAUGGUUCGUCGUGGAGUUUCAAUGAAAGUUACUGCUAAAGAAAAAUCCGAUUCUAGAAUUGAUAGAUCUAAUAUUGCCCCUGCAACUGUUAAUAAUACUAAUGUUACUGCUCAACCAGUUAAAGCUCCAAUUAAAAGAUCUCAUAAUAGAUCAUCUUCAAUUAAUACUCCUAACAAACAUGGAUUCGUUCCUGUGGAAUAUUUACCUCCAUUACCAAAUAUUGAUACUCAAACUAAUCAAGUCAUUCCUAAUAAAUCUGUUCCUACUAGGAAAUUACAUCCAACUGCUAGAUCUAAAUCUUUGGGAGGUAAUAGUAUUAAAAGAGAAAAGAAACCUUCAUUAUCUCAAACCAUGGGACAACAAAAUUCUGAUGAAAAAAUCGAUAAUGAUCAAGUUUACGAUGGUUACUUUGAUGAUAUUAUGUUGGAUGAUGAAGAAGGUGAAUACACUAACUUACCUCCAUUAAGUGAAGAACAAAUCAUUGAACAAUUUAAUAAUGCUAAACCUAAUUCAAUGCCUUCAAUUGAGUAUCCAAAGACUUUAUUCCUUAAAGGAUUUUUCAGUGUUCAAACUACUUCAACUAAACCUUUACCAGUUAUUCGUUAUAAUAUCAUUAACGUUUUAACCAGAUUAGGGGUUAAAUUCCAAGAAGUUAAAGGAGGUUUCGUAUGUGCUCAUACUCCAUCUUUACAAAAUGAAGAUGAUGAAGAAGAGAAAUUAUAUGGAGAUGCUUUUGCAUUAAAUGAUAAAAGUGAAAUCGAAAUCAUUUCAGGAUACUCCGGUACACCACCCAAUAGUUCUCAUUCAUUUGGUAAUACUGGUAAUAAUGGAAGUCUUUCACCUUCAGCUACUACAUCACCUGUAGUUACUAGUAGAGGUCCAAGUAGACAACCAUCACUUCAAUUACCUAAUCGUCAUAGACCAUCAAAUUCCAUUAGUUCAGUCACUAGUAAUAGUUCUGGUCAUCGUAGGAAAUUUUCCAUCGGUGGUUCAAUUUUAAGACGUAAAGAAGGAUCUAAUCAUGCUUUAAUGCCACCAAAUACUCCAGCAGCUGCAAGAAUUAAUAAAUCCUUAUAUGGAGAAGAAUUUGAUGAUGAUGAAAAAGAUUAUUAUGAUGAAUUAAAAUUAUAUGAAGAUGAUUCAGUUGAUUCAAUGGGUAAUUUAAUGAUUGGUGGUGGUUCAGAUAUGUUAUCAUCAAAAAUUGACCAUAAUAGAAAGACUAGAAUCAAGAAAUCACCAUUGAAAUUCGAAAUUCAUGUAGUGAAAUUCCCAUUAGUAGGAUUAUACGGGGUUCAAUUCAAGAAAUUAUUAGGUAACACAUGGAAUUAUAAAACUUUGGCAAGCCAAAUUUUAAACGAAUUAAAAUUAUAA